AUGAAUGCCAUCAAACAGUAUAAAAAUAAUGAAGCUGUCGUAGACGCUCCUAAACUAAAAGACGCUAAAAUAAACAUAACAAAAAUAUUGUGGCGGAUGCCUAUAGUGAGAGUUAGCGAUAGAGAAAAAAUUCGACUGUUGAAAGUAGUCAACAGUCAAAAACCCCUGACAUGUACGUUCAGAUCGUGGGAACUAUGUGAAUACCCAUUUUUACCUCAAAACACUUCACAUUCGUGGAAAGUAAAGACAUCCAACAAGUUGGAAAAACCUAGAUAUGUUAUAAUCGGAUUUCAAACUGAUAGGAAAAAUAGCACAAGUAAAGCAAUGUCAUACAUCGAUCAUUGUAAAAUUAAAAACUUGAAAGUCUAUUUAAACUCCGAAGUAUUUCCAUAUGAAGAUUUUCAAAGUGACUUUAACAAGAAUAAUAUGGCGACAUUAUACCGCGCGUAUGCAGAGUUCCAAAAAUCUUACUACGGUCACGACGAUGUAACACCUCUAUUGAACCGAUCAGAAUUCAAAAAUCACUCUCCAAUCAUAGUUGUUGACAUGAGCCGACAGAACGACAACGUGAAAAUGUCAACUGUUGACCUCAGAAUUGAACUAGAAGCUGAUGAGGCACGCGGUUUAACAUUGCGUACUGGUUUUGGGUGUUCAGCGAAUGUUGAAGGAGAUCGUUUUUGUGUUGGCACUGCAUGUUCGAUGUAA